AUCUCCAAACUCCUGUCAGUAAACGAGUCAGAACGAAAAGAAGGAACUUCGAGUCAACUGCAAUUCCCAGAAAGUAUAAAAAGCCGCUGAUUUUAAAUGCUGAAUAUUGUUCAAUUCGAAGCAAAAUACAUGAAAUUUUCACUCAUCAGCUUCGAGGUUUAAUUGUGUGUUAAUUGGGCAAAAAUGAAGUCUAGUUUUGUACUAUUCAAAAAUUCAUUCAGACUAAAAGUUAUUUCAGCGAUUAGUUCACGCCGAGAACCAGUGAGAACUUUCUGUUAAUUCGUGAGAUUUUGGUGAAAUGUAUUUUCUACGUAGACUGUUAAGAAUUGGGAAUUUAACGUAGUCGAAUUCAAAUCGAAUCAAAGCUCGGCUCGCUUAGAAAUUGACAUACGAAUGCCACUCCGAUGUACCAGUAAUCGUCUCUAAUACUCAUUUACUGUCUUUUUGAGCAGUUCGCACAAUUAAAAGGCCUGCUGAGUACUACUGGAUUAGCCAUGUCUCGGCAUGUCACAAAAUUUGCAAGUAUAUGUAGGUUAUAUAUCGCAAGCUAAGCGUAACGUUGAACAUGGUUCCUAGACCAAACGGAUUAGCGCGUCAACCGUGACACUCUGACAAUCUUUGCUCUACAAUCUGAAUGCAGACGUCACGCAUGGUCGUGUUCAGCGUGUUUUAUCGAUGAAAUGCCCCAAGAACUUAUUCCUUCUGCUUUUUUUACACCUUAGAGGUAAACGAGCAUGCAUAUUGGUUUGUAUUUUUACAUUUCUGUAGUUUAUUUUGAGGUAAACAAGGUGUAAACAAGUGAAUAAAUUCUUUCCCGCCAAAAAAAACUCGACCUUCAACCCAGAUUUCCAGCGGUGCUCUUCCGGGAGACUGGGCAUGAAAUGCAAUGUUUACAUCGUGUCUGUUUCAAAUAAGUUUAAUAUUUUUGACACAUUGAACGGGUGUUCCAUACAGCAGUUAUCCGGGAUUCGAGAAUUUGUUUCGGGAAAGCGUGUUUGGAUUGUCAAGUUAUGCUCCCAGGAAUCGAGGAGGAAGCGAAACGUUUUUAUAGCGAGCUAGACAUAGAAGUGCCUGUCGUCCGUAAUCCGUUCAUUCAUAGUGAGCAAAUCACAAGUUGGACGAAGAAAUUUGAGAUUUUUGUGGGCUUUAUUGUUCUUUUUCCAAUCCGCCUAUUAGCUACUAUUUUGGUGUUUCUCUUUGCGGGGCUAUGGUGUUUCAUUACCAUUGUUGGGUGGAAUCCACCAGACUUGAGGACUCCAUUAUCGCCAUGGAGAAGGUGGAUGAAAGACUGUCUUCCUUUUAUUGUUCGCUCAAUGCUGUUUGCCCUGGGUUUUCACAAAGUAAGGAUAAAGGGUAAAUUAGCGUCACCGUCUGAAGCUCCUGUGGCAGUUAUUGCCCCUCAUUCAUCUUUCCUUGAUAUCUUGUUGUUAAGUGAAUAUGGAUCUGCACCAUCUGGCAUUUCAAAAAUGGAAAAUCUAAAGAGCCCUUUUCUGGGGGGUUUUUUUCAAUGUCUUGAAUGCAUUGGUGUUUCUAGAGAUGACACAAAAUCAAGACGAUCAGCUGUCAAGGAACUUCAGUACAGAACAACCACAGCAAGAGGACAAUGGCCACAUAUGUGCAUUUUCCCCGAAGGUACUUGUACAAACAGAAAAAGCUUGAUAUCAUUUAAACCAGGAGCAUUCAUUCCAGGAUGUCCAGUUCAACCAGUGUGUUUACACUUUUCAUUACUUAUCUAUGUAUGUACCAAGGUCUGCUUGUUAAAUUUUUGUUAUCUUUGUUGUGUUAGGUUGAUGUUGGCUGUUUUACUUAUGUGUCAAGUCAGUAAUGAGGCUGAAGUAGAGUUCUUACCAGUAUGGAAUCCAACUGAAGAGGAAAAAAAGAAUCCUAAAUUGUAUGCUGAGCAUGUUCAAAAGUUUAUGGCAAGGUGUUUAAAUCUUCCAGUGACUGGUCACUCAUUUGAGGACACUCUGCUUAUGGCAGCAGCUGUCAAACACGGCCUUCCACCUGAAGCGGGCAUCAUUGAGUUCAAGGUUACUGCAGGCAAACUAGGAAUAAACUUGGACUGUGUAAAGGAACAUCUGAAGAGGUUUGUGGUCCUGGAUUCAGAUAAGGAUGGUCGCAUUUCACUGAAGGAUUUUGCAAUGCAUUACAAGUUACCUCUGUCAUCACCUGUCAAAGAGCUAUUUUCAAUCUUUGACAGGGUAAGACUUUAAUUAAUGCACUACAGUUACAUUUUUUGAUUAGUUAAUAGUGUUUUAUAUACCCGCUGAUAUAGAUGUCUGAGUAGGCAGUUAGAAAAAAAUAGGAUUUCGUUAUAACAAUGGAGUAAAGGUUGUUGCUAAUUAUUUUGUUCACUCAUGAUCAGUAGGGUGAUGUGUGUACCACAUUCAGGUCACUUGGUAGUUGCCCAAACUGGACAGAUCUUACAAAUGUUGUUGAGUCUUACUCUUAAUUUGUGCAAAGACAGUUACUCAAAUAAUAGAGCAACUGAACCCUUCCGUACUAAGUACAAUCCAGUA